AAAUAUAUCACUUUCGCGCAUUCCUUUGCCCGCCUCCUCCUCUCCAAAAUUCAUCAUCAUCAUCUCUCUCUCUCUCUCUCUCUCUCUCUCUCUCUCUCUCUCAUAUUAGUACACGUAUAUACGUACAUAAAAUACAUACACUCACCGAUCCAUCUCUGCAUCUUCGCUUCUCCUCCGCCCUCUCUCUCUCUCUCUCUCUCUCUCUCUCUCAACCGCUAGUUCUGUGUUUUCCGUGGUUCUCCAGUGAGUUUUGAGUCGGCACAACUGGAAUCGGAGGAUUAGGGUUUCCGUACGUCGCAUGCGAGAACCGCGUCUCCGUGAUGGCGGGAGCGAGUCGGACCGGCGGGGAGUCGGCGUCGGAGGCCGGUAUUCCGACCGGGCUGAACCCGAUCAAGACUCGCCGGGUUUCGCUGACGGGCGGACCGAGCUCGAGGGAUGACGACGCUGACAGUUCGUCUGAUUUUGGGAAUCGCGGAGUUUCGAGGCCUCAUGUGAAGCAGAAGCAAAGGUUUGUGGCUCCAGGACGUGGAAAAUUCAGUGGUUCUAGAGAAGGACGCCAUAAAGGGAAGAGGAUAGUUCGCUGGUUCAAAUCGCAUCUUUCCAAAGAUUCCAGUGAAGAUUUCAAUGAUAGUCCUCCAAACUCUGAGUAUAGUGGCUCAGAAGUUAAGGGAUUUGGCAAGGAGGGUCCAAGAACUAAACUGCACUUGGAGGGGAAGCAUUCAACUGUAAACCAAUCUCCAUCAGAAAACAUGUGUAUCAGUAAAGUGCCGAAAGUUAUAAAAAGUUUUUCGCAUGAACUUGGACCCAAGGGUAGGAUUCACCCUGUGCGUCCUCGAGCUCACAGCUUUAAUGAUUUGAAGGAACUUUUGGGAUCAUUGCGCUCAAGAUUUGAUGCUGCAAAAGAAGUAGUGAAUAUGGAGCUGGCUUGUUUUGCUGGGGAGCUGAUGGAACUUUCGCAGAAAAAGGACUUCUCAUCCCCAGAAGCACAGAAAUUGGUAGAGGAUCUCCUGAUUCUUUGUCAACAGUGUUUGGAAAUGACCUCCUCAGAACUUCGUGCUAAGUGCGAAGCAGUUGUUCAAGAUCUCACUGAGAAAAGGAAGCUAUGCCAGACGGGAUUGCUGAAGUGGUUGUUGACGCGCUUGCUUUUCAUAUUGACCCGUUGCACAAGGUUGUUGCAUUUUGAGAGAGGCAGUGAGUCCAUUGAUGAGAAUUCUCUUCAUAAAAUCAAGGAAUGCUUAGACAGUGUUCCUUACGUUGAAAUGAGCUGGGAUUCUGAUCCAUUACUUCCUAAUGCUGGUUCUGCUUAUACUUCGAACCUGAUAAGAGAUGCCAAACAUGAAUUGCAGGGGCAGAUUAAGACAUCUAAUUCAUCUGAAGCAACUUCCACAAUGGAUUUCAUGGCUAUCAAUAAUGAUUCAUUUCCGCAAAAUUCCCACUUUGAUUUGCUUCCUAGUGUUCAAGAAUAUCAUAGAGCUGAUGGCAAUUAUCUUGGAGACUCAGUAGAUAAGGCUGGUAGUUCACUUCAUGAGCAAGAAAGAAAUUUGGGUGGAUCCGAAUCGGUUAUUUGUAGGAUAUGUGAGGAAGUUGUUCCUACUUCACAUUUGGAAGCUCAUUCCUAUAUAUGUGCUUACGCAGAAAAAUGUGAUCUAAAAUGUGUUGAUUUGGAUGACCGCCUGUUGAAACUAGCAGAGAUGCUGGAACUAAUCAUAGACUCAUUCAACAUGACUUUUCAUGCAUCCUUUGACAGCCCUGAAAGUUCAAGAAUUCAAAUCCCAAAUCCUGGAACCCUACCCGAAGGUUAUUCUCCAAAUGUAAGUGAGUGGAGAAGUAAAGGCAUGGAAGGUAUGUUUGAGGAUCUUCAUGAGAUGGACACCGCCUUUAUAGAGGAUUCUCAUCACAUUAUCAAUAAUUUGAGGGGCCACUUGGGCAUGAAGCUUGGCCAAUGUGGCCCACCCUCCUCAGCAGGGAGCAUAACAUCAGGAUCUUCCACAAAUACCCCUAGAGCAGGAAAUUUUGACUUCUUGUGGAUGGAACAUAACAAUCCUUCUGAGCUGGAGGACGUGCAACAAAUGAGAGAACUUGUGGACAUUGCUCGCUGCGUAGCUGGCACAGAUCUGUCCGAGCAAGGAUCCCAUGAGUUUUUACUUGCUUGUAUCGAGGAUUUACGGGAUGUUUUACACCAUAGCAAGAUCAAAGCUCUUGUAGUAGACACAUUUGGAGGCCGAAUAGAGAAUCUGCUGCGAGAAAAGUAUAUACAUGCUUGUGAUCUAUUGGAUGGGAAAAGCAUGAAGAGUAACGGUAGACACAUCAUAAACACUAAAUUUUUUCUGGAUAGUGCAUCUCAGAGUAGUUCAACAUCAUCUCCCAUGCAUCCCAAAGAACGGACAAGCAUUGAAGACUUUGAGAUUAUAAAACCAAUAAGCCGAGGUGCUUUUGGUAAAGUCUUUCUUGCACGGAAGCGAGCAACAGGGGAUUUAUUUGCAAUAAAGGUGCUCAAAAAAUUGGACAUGAUACGGAAAAAUGACAUUGAGCGCAUAUUGGAGGAGCGUAACAUCUUGAUAACAGUCAGAAACCCCUUUGUGGUUCGUUUCUUUUAUUCAUUCACGAGUAGAGACAACCUUUAUUUGGUAAUGGAAUAUCUCAACGGUGGUGAUCUGUACUCUUUGCUCAGAAACAUUGGUUGUUUCGAGGAAGAUGUAGCUCGUAUCUAUAUAGCAGAACUGGUUCUUGCUUUAGAAUACUUGCAUUCUCUUGGAAUCGUGCACCGGGAUUUGAAACCAGACAACAUAUUGAUUGCGCAUGAUGGGCAUAUCAAGCUUACAGACUUUGGCUUGUCCAAAAUCGGCCUUAUGAACAGUACGGGUGAUUUACCUGGACCCGAGACGGAUGGGAUGACUCUUUUAGAUGCACAUGGUCAGGACACUCAGAAAUUUGAGGAUAGAAGUCAGCGGUCAGCUGUUGGCACGCCAGACUACUUGGCACCUGAGAUUUUUCUUGGAACUGAGCAUGGUUAUGCUGCAGACUGGUGGUCAGUAGGGAUUAUCCUAUUUGAACUCAUCACUGGAAUCCCACCAUUUAAUGCUGAACAUCCCGAGAUAAUCUUCGACAACAUUCUCAACAGGAAAAUUCCCUGGCCUUCUGUUCCUGGUGACAUGUCUUAUGAAGCUCAGGACUUUAUUGACAGGUGCCUUGUUCAUGAUCCAGAUCAGCGCUUUGGUGCAAAAGGAUCUUCAGAGGUAAAAGCACACCCAUUCUUCAAGGGAGUUAAUUGGGACACCCUUGCCUUACAGAAGGCUGCCUUUGUUCCAAACCUGGACAGUGCAGAAGACACAAGCUAUUUUGUGUCACGGUACACACAAUUUUCAGCUGGAGUGCCGCAUGAUACAGACUCUUCUGAUUCCGCCUCUGAUGUUAGUGGCUCCUCAAAUUCUGAAGAGGAGAAGAUGGACAAAUGUGGUGAUCUUGAACAGUUUGACUCGACUCUCGAUCUCUCCUUGAUAAAUUUUUCCUUUAAGAAUUUGUCACAGUUGGCAUCUAUCAACCGCGAUGUUCUCUUACAAAGUUGGAGGGAUUCAUCGAAAAGCUCUUCUCCGUGCAAAGAUUCAAACUCAUAGUUGUCCUGCUUCCAUUGUUUUACCAGGAGGUUGGGGAGGAAGGAUUACGAAACCUCAUAGUUUUCCUGCUUCCAUUGUUUUACCAGGAGGCUGGGGAAGAAGGAAUACGAAAAGAGUUUCUAUUGCUGACAAGAAGUUCAGCAUAGCGACGACUCGGUUAACGAAUGGAUGGUUCAAGAACGUGGGUGGUCUUAUUGAGGAAGCUAUUGUACAGAUAAUCAUGUUUUGUUCCAUUUGUACAGAGAUCAAGAGAAAAUGAAAAGAAAUAGAUAGUAUAAAGGGUAAAAUACAUACAGAAGAAGAGCAAAGGAGAAGAAAUGGAUAGAAGCAGAUGUAACCCUUAAAAUCCCCCACCAUGGGUCUAGGUAUUAGAUGAUGGCUCUGGCCUCUGCAUCGAAGAUUUUGAAAUGUAUAUACGUUCCCAUUCAGUAAAUUGUUCACGUUGAAUAAAAUAAAUGGAUUUGUCA